UUCUCUAGUAACAGCAUUCGAUGAUGAGGCUUUAUUAAUAUGCGACCAAGGAAACGAAAUGGCAAGAACAAAGGUUCACUUUGAUGACGUGUCGUUAUAUGGCACUCCGAAGGAGGAGCCAAUGCCUUCCAUCCCUGUUGUUUCGGAAAAAGUUUCUGCGAAUUUCCUAAAAAGUCAAUUGCAAUCAUGGUUUCAACCGACGGACAAUCGGUUGGCCAUGAAGUUGUUCGGCAGUCGGAAAGCGCUGGUUAAAGAAAGAAUUCGUCAGAAAACUUCCGGUCACUGGGUUAUACAUCCUUGCAGUUCAUUUAGAUUUUAUUGGGACCUUUGUAUGCUUUUAUUAUUAGUAGCAAAUCUUAUAAUCCUGCCAGUCGCAAUAUCAUUCUUUAAUGAUGAUCUGAGCACAAGAUGGAUUGCCUUCAACUGCCUAAGUGAUACAAUUUUUUUAAUAGAUAUUGUAGUCAACUUUAGAACAGGUAUAAUGCAGCAAGAUAACGCAGAACAGGUUAUACUGGAUCCUAAGCUUAUCGCUAAGCAUUAUUUAAAAACAUGGUUUUUCCUGGAUUUAAUUUCUUCGAUCCCUCUUGACUACAUUUUUUUGAUUUUCAAUCAAGUAAAGGAUUUUUCCGAUUCCUUUCAAAUACUUCAUGCGGGGCGUGCUCUUCGUAUUCUACGCCUGGCCAAGUUACUUUCUCUGGUUAGAUUAUUGCGGCUUUCGAGGCUUGUACGCUAUGUCUCACAAUGGGAGGAAGUAUACAUUCUGCAGAAUCUGCAAAAAAAAAGUGCCGAUCGAAGAGGGAGAAUGCAUAGAAAAGACAAAGAUGGCUUGACUAAAAGCAACCUCAUUCUGAAGUUCCUCAAUAUGGCAUCAGUCUUUAUGAGGAUCUUCAAUCUGAUAUGCAUGAUGCUUCUUAUCGGCCACUGGAGUGGUUGUUUGCAGUUUUUAGUGCCAAUGCUACAAGGUUUUCCAUCAAACUCAUGGGUAUCCAUUAACGAAUUACAGGAGUCAUAUUGGCUUGAACAGUAUUCAUGGGCUUUAUUUAAGGCGAUGUCUCAUAUGCUUUGUAUAGGUUACGGCAGAUUCCCGCCGCAGUCAUUGACAGAUAUGUGGCUGACGAUGCUAUCGAUGAUAUCAGGUGCUACUUGUUAUGCAUUGUUCUUGGGCCAUGCGACCAAUUUGAUCCAAAGCUUGGAUUCUAGCAGACGGCAAUAUCGUGAAAAGGUGAAACAGGUAGAGGAGUACAUGGCCUAUCGGAAGCUUCCGCGUGACAUGCGCCAAAGGAUUACCGAGUAUUUUGAGCAUCGAUAUCAAGGAAAAUUUUUUGACGAAGAAUGUAUACUUGGUGAACUAAGUGAAAAACUGCGAGAGGAUGUAAUCAAUUACAACUGUAGAUCUCUCGUUGCGUCCGUGCCUUUUUUUGCUAAUGCUGAUUCAAAUUUUGUUUCUGACGUCGUAACGAAACUGAAAUAUGAAGUUUUUCAGCCCGGUGAUAUUAUUAUAAAAGAAGGUACAAUUGGAACAAAAAUGUACUUCAUCCAAGAAGGCGUGGUAGAUAUUGUUAUGGCGAACGGAGAGGUUGCGACUUCACUUUCCGAUGGCUCGUAUUUUGGUGAGAUUUGCCUGUUGACGAAUGCAAGGCGAGUGGCCAGUGUGCGUGCGGAAACCUAUUGCAAUUUAUUUUCUUUAAGUGUAGAUCACUUUAAUUGCGUUUUGGACCAAUAUCCAUUAAUGAGGAAAACUAUGGAAACAGUUGCUGCAGAGCGUUUAAACAAAAUUGGGAAAAAUCCAAAUAUUAUGCAACAAAAGGAUGAACAAAUCAGUAAUCCAGAAUCAAACACCAUCACAGCAGUGGUUAAUGCCUUAGCUGCCGAGGCAGACGACUGCAAAGACGAUGACAUGGAUAUCAAGGAAAAUUUGCUUCAUGGCUCAGAGUCGAGUUUCAUGGGACCGGUGCAAACGAUAAGGGAAGGGCUACCUCGACCACGUAGCGGCGAGUUCCGUGCGCUCUUUGAGGGCAAUACUCCAUGACACUGAAGCCUGGAGCAGAUAGGUAUAUAGCAAGAACAAAAAAUGCAAUUGCAACUAUUGCAUAUCCCUUAUAUAGUACGAUCACGACGAGCAACAAUAUGAUAAAUCAUCGGAAGGAUGUACAGACAUAUGUACAUAUGAAUGUAUGUAUGUACAUGAUGCAUAAAACCAUACUACGUGAAUGACCAUACAAAGACACACACUUAAACAUAUUGUAUACGUGUACUCGUACUCGUAAUAAAACAACUAAUGUCCUCAGCAAUUAAUCAUAAUUUCAGCUCCGCUAACUGUGAUGACUUUAAUAAUAAGAAUCGAAAUUUGAAAACUGGUGAACUAACUCUACUACAUACAAAAUUCAUACAUACCGCAUAAAAAACUUAAUACAUAUUAAUUCGAGUAUGAAACCCAUGAUAAUUAUAAUUAAAUAAAAUGUAGUGAAAUAAUGAGAACCAAAAAAAAAUAUAUACAUAUAUAUGUAUAUAUAUAUGUAUUGUAUAAAUCACUCGCUAGUGUACAGGUUAUUUAAGCAUAAAAACGACGACGAUGGCGACUCGAAGAGACUUCAAAACAACACUAUAGAAAUAAAAAAUUUUUGAAGAUAAACAUGAAACUUAGUAUGAUACCUAUAACAAAAAAAAAAAAACAUAAAGAACCUUACCAUACCAAACAAACAAAAGAAAAUUGCAUGUUAAUUAUAACACGCUGCAUUGCUAUUGAAUAACAAUGCGAUGAUUAUUACUGUUAGAGCCGAACAAAAAUUAUAAGUUAAAUUAAUUUACACAAUGAAAUAUAUAGUAGUUCUAACGCAACCUGAGCAAAAAAAAACACAAAAAAACGAAAAUAAAACAAAGAAAAAUUAAAUAAAAAAAUAAAUAAAAAACAAUGCGAUCGACUAGCGACAUGCAUACUGAAUACAAAAACAAUACUACCUAACUAAAACGAACAUACUUACAAUACAAGCAAACCAACCAAAGCAACUAACAUGCAUACAUAUACACUUACCUGAAACCAAAAGCAACAAAAACAGUACAUACUUACAUACAUAUAGUACAGUACAUGGAAUAUAGAGAAUUUUUGUCUUUUUAUAGCAAGCUGUUAUAUUUUUUUAGUUGAAUCGAAAAAUUGCAAGUUGUAUUUGUUUAAACUAAGAUCUGAGAGAAGUACUCAUAAAAAUGAAGGUGGAGUGUUGAGCAAGCAAAUAGAAACACAUGAUAGUGCACGUGCUGGAACAGUUUAAAACGAUCAAAUGAGACAAUGAGACAAAUUAUUGAGUAUCUUAGUAUUUUAUUACACGUAAACUAAUAAAACCAGAAGGACAACGUUUGCCUUGAAACGAAAA